AUUCUAGAUGUUAGCCUCCCCCAGCAUUCCCUUCGAAGCAAGCAACAUCCAUGGCGUUCGUCUCGCAGCUGUUGCUCGUCCUGUCGUGCAUCAUCUGCCAUGUUCUCAUCGCCGGUGCAGCGAGCGAGCAGAGCUAUAAGAUACUCUCGACGAGCUCGCUCAAGCCUCAAGCCGUCUGCUCUGAUCCCAAAGUGAAUCCGUCGUCGUCGAGUGGAGCCACGGUGCCCUUGAACCACAGGCACGGCCCGUGCUCGCCGGCGCCCUCCAAGAAGGAGCCUGCCUUCGAGGAGCUGCUCCGCCGUGACCAGCUCCGAGCCGGCUACGUCCAGCGCAAGUUCUCCAAGAACCACCGCGGCGGCGGGCUGCAGCAGUCGGAGGAGCUCAAGGUGCCCACCGAACUGGGUUCUUCCCUGGACACGCUGGAGUACGUCAUAACUGUGGGCGUUGGCUCGCCAGCGGUGCAGCAGACCAUGACCAUGGACACCGGGAGCGACGUGUCGUGGGUGCACUGCAACUCCAACUCCACGGCCGGGUCGACGCCCUUCGACCCCGCCAAGUCGAGCACGUACUCCCCGUUCUUGUGCGGCGCCGCGGCGUGCACACAGCUCGGCGCCGAGGCCAACACCUGCUCCAACUCGGAGUGCCAGUACAUGGUCCGCUACGGCGACGGCUCCAACACCACCGGCACGUACGGCUCCGACACGCUGGCGCUGGGCUCGGACACGGUCAAGGAUUUCCAGUUCGGUUGCAGCCGCGUCGAGGAGGGCUUCGGCGACAAGACCGACGGGCUCAUGGGGCUCGGCGGCGACGCGCAGUCGCUCAUCUCGCAGACCGCGGCGAAGUACGGCAGGGCCUUCUCCUACUGCCUCCCGCCUUCCCCCGGCUCCAAGGGGUUCCUGACGCUCGGCGCGCAGACCGGCACGACGGGCUUUGCGACGACGGGGAUGCUCCGAAGCGAGCAGGCCCCGACGUUCUACGGCGUGCUACUCCAGGGCAUCAAGGUCGGCGGUGAGCAGCUCAGCGUGGCGCCCUCCGUCUUCUCCGCCGGGUCCGUGAUGGACUCCGGGACCAUCAUCACCCGGCUGCCGCCCACGGCGUACACGGCGCUCAAGACGGCGUUCAAGGACGGCAUGAAGCAGUACCCGCCGGCGCCGUCCAGGAGCAUCUUGGACACGUGCUUCGACUUCAGCGGCCAGGACAACGUCAGCAUACCGACCGUCGCUCUCGUGUUCGACGGCGGCGCGGUCGUCGACCUCGACGCGAACGGGAUCAUAUUCGGCAGCUGCCUCGCGUUCACGGGCACCGACGACGACGAGAGCACCGGCAUCAUCGGCAACGUGCAGCAGAGGACGCUCGAGGUGCUCUACGACGUAGGCCAGAGCGUCUUCGGGUUCAAGCCCAGCGCGUGCUAGCUGCUCGUCAGCGCGAGAGCUCAGCGCUCGCGCGUGGGACACGAGUGCACCACAACUCCACAAGGGAAGGAAGGAAGGGUGGCCAGCUAGGCUGCUCUCAUGUGGCUGUCUUCUUGUUUGUAGUCGCGAGGUAAGGGACACGAAGAGGGCCAAAAAAUCGUUUCGAAAAAAAAAGAGGGCCAAAAUCAUCAUCUAGCAGACUAUUUAAUAGCAGCAACAUGAUGCGACGCAUGUGUAAUCUUUCAAAUCAAACUAUUAGGAUAAUCUUAGUUCUAAAUUUUCAUUAAUAUGAAUAAAGAAAGAAAUGGAUUAAAUGAAGACUAAAUUUCAGUUUCA